AUGUUUGCUCGAGAAAAGCGUUUCGGAUCGAUAAGUUCACCAUCUUUGAACCAUUCAACCUGGGCUCUGGGUGAAGCAUCCCAAUCGCAGAACAGUCUUGUGCUGGCAUCUUGGAGUACAGGCCUUGGGUUUUUCCCUUCAGGUCCAGUAAUCACAGGGGCAUCUGGAAAGAAGGAGGGAAAAUGCGCUGCGCAAAAGUUACUUCGAUCCUUUGGUUUAGAAAUAUUCAUUAGAGUUUUGGAUUUAGCUGGUGGGAGAGGAUCGCAUAAAAUCCGAAGGCAGUCAGCUGACUACCGGUUUCUCCCAGUUCCUCCGAGAGGCAUCCCACAGGAAUCUGUGGAGGCGAACUCUCCAAUCUUAUCUUUGCCCGGAAAUUUCGCCAAGUUCAAAUUCCGGUGUCAUUUCCAUAAUCACAAUGUCCGUUUGUUCCGGACCCUUUGGUACCAGUUGGAUGCCAAGAUUGGAUGCCAUACCCUCCUGGAUGGUGCCUUUUGUACUCAACGGCUGUCCGUUCCAAUGCCACCGAGCGAAUCAAAUCAUCAAAUCAUCAUUGGACCUUGGAAGAGUAACUGGCGCAAUCUCGGAAGGGACGAGCCCAUUUCACGACUGGAAACGAUAACGAAGUUGGAGACAGAAUUGCCCAUUCGUGUCAACUGGACAGUGGCGAAACGUCAACAGAAACCACCAACCUAUCCCUAG